AUGACCCGCCGCACCCUCCUUAUCCUCCUCUCCGUGCUCGGCACUAUCCUGCUGGGUACCACCAUCCUUCUCACCUCCAUCUCCCUCUUCCUGCGAAUCGACGCUUCGGCCUACCUCACGGAGGAGGACAUCCCAUGGCCUGAUCCGCCAGAUAACGUUUCUAGUGUGCCACUGCCGGGGGAGAGGAUACCGCGGAUACUACACCAGACGUGGAAGGAGGAAACGCUGCCCGAGAAAUGGGCCAGCGUCUCAGAGGGGUGCAGGGAGCUCAUGCCAGAUUACGCGUACAUGCUCUGGACAGACGCCGCCUCCCGCUCUUUCAUAGAAGAGCACUACCCCUGGUUCCUGCUCACAUUCGACGGCUACCCCUACCCCAUCAUGCGGGCUGACGCUAUCCGCUACUUCGUCCUGUACCAUUACGGCGGCACCUAUCUGGACCUAGACGUCGGCUGCAAGCGGCGGCUCGACCGCCUCCUUUCCUACCCCGCCGUCCUGCCUAAGACGAUCCCCGUAGGCGUGUCAAACGACCUCAUGCUUUCUGCACCCCGCCACCCCUUUAUGCGACGGGCGAUCGACAGCCUCCAGUCCUUCGACCAUACCUGGAUGAUGAACUACCCCACGGUCAUGUUCUCCACAGGGCCGAUGUUCAUCAGCUCCAUCUACGGGCUGUACACCUCUGUUUCUGGGUACCCACGCACUCUGGAGGGGGAAGUACGCGUCCUUCCCAAGAGCUUGUACGGGAAAAACGCGAGCCCGGAGGAAGCGCCCCACGCGUUCUUCGAGCACUAUUAUGGUUCCUCCUGGCACUCGGACGACGCGGGCCUAGUGCUCUUCCUCGGCUCCUACGGCACACUGAUCAUGUACAUAUCACUC